AUGUCUGGCUUUGAAGUUGCUGGCAUAGUCUUGGGGUCGCUCCCCUUGCUCGUCACGGCUUUAGAAACCUACUGCAAAUUUAUGCGCGAUUGGGGCAAAGCACCAUCAGAGCUGAAAAGCCUGAAUCGCCAAUUGACCACGGAACGAGCGAAAUUAUACAACGUCUGCGAUCUUCUCAUCAACGAUGUUGUACCACAAAGAGAUAUCGAGCCAAUGCUACUGAGUCCUUUUGGACCGCUAUGGCGAGUCCCUGAGACAAAUGACAAGAUUCGGCGGAGGCUAUGGGAUGCCUACGAUCCAUUUGAGGAGACCAUUGUCGAGAUACAAGAGGCGCUUGAGGCUAUUAUGAGUCGAUUGAGGGUGCAAAUAUCUCAAGAUGGCCAGGUCGAAUGGGUAAACAAGAAUCGCAUGACCAGAGAAUUCAAGAAGCUUUUGUAUCGCCUCCACAGAGACGAUUACAAAGACGAUAUUGCUACUAUAUCAAAAGGCAUCAGCGAUCUUGAGUCGUUGACUAAGUUGAGUAUAAGACUUGAACCCAGUCGGAGGAAACAAUCUCGCGGCAAGCUUUUCAAGAUCUUACGAGAUCUUUCGACCAGUAUCUAUCGAGCCCUCUGCUCCAGCAUCCUCUGCACCGAUGCCCAUGACGUAAGUCUUGAGUUAUCUCCGCGCUUCGUCGAGAUAGGAUACGAGUGCGAAGACGAGAAAGUUUUGAGAAAUACCCAAUUCAGGUUGGCCAUCUCUUUUGAGAUAGUAGAAGCCUCAACAACAAAGAGAUUUUGGGACGAGGUGAACAUCAAAACAGCAAAUUCGGUCACAACAAUAGGAUCGCAGUCAUGUCAACAACAAAUUCAGACAAAAACUAUCAAGAGAGUGUCGUUCGGGAUCAAGCAAAGCCUAUCAUUCAUGAGUUCGACAAGACCAACGCACGAUGUCAAAUCAGCCAUGGCAGCGUUGAGCCGUCCUGCCACAGACGUAGCUUUCAUCAAGACCUGCGACGAAGAGAAGCAAGCGUUAUCGAAACAACCUCUCAACCUUUGCAAGGCUUUGAGAAACGCUAGACAAGCACGACCCGUCUGUUACGGCCACCUCAUUGACAGACAGUGCGCAGAUCGGCAUUUCCAAAUGUAUCCGUUGGGAACCACAGCCAACAGUGAUGGCUGGUCGAUAGUGACCUUGAGUGACAUCCUCGAGGGUAAAGGAGGUCUCAAGCCGUUGAUCUCUCUGGCCGAGAAGGUUCAACUUGCACUUGCUAUCGCAUCGAGUGUUCUGCAAUUGAGCAAAACUCCAUGGCUUCCAGAAGCUUUAACAAGGAAAAACAUUCAUUUCUUUCGAAGAGAUGAAACCCUUUCGUACAAAUACCCUUUUCUCCUACAGAGUUUUCCAGCACGGCCCCUCCAACUUUCAAAUACUACAACUACACCUGGAUGCCCCUCGUUAAAUAACCCUACGCUGUUUGCACUAGGGAUUCUUCUUCUGGAGAUAAUCCUUGGCCAGUCAUUCGAGCAACUUCGGUCUCCAGACGAGAAGCCCGUUUAUGGUGACUACAAUGGUGUGAUCCGUAAUUCAAUUGCGGCACACAAACUGUUGGAGAGGGUUGCUUUGAUUAACACGGCGUAUCAGGCUGUAGUUCAGAGAUGCAUAGACUGUACCGAGACUCGUGGGUUGGAUGAGGAUGGGUUCAGGCAGGAGGUUUACAACGAUGUUGUUCUAGAGCUUGAGGCUAUUCUGGAGUCCACCAAGCUGGGUAUGUAA